CCUUUUCUUUGCUUUUUUUUUUCCUUUCUUUUUUGGAGUGAGGGAUGGUGGUGUUUCACUAUUUAACUCCUCUCCUCCCAGAGCCGCCUUGCUAAAAGGGUCGCGUCCGUGUCAGAGGAAGACAUGGGACGGUGAUCUGGACUCGCUUCCUUGGCCAGCUCCGGGGUUCAUGGUAGCUGGCAAUGGUCGUGAUAACCUUCAGGAGCCCUCCGUUUAUUUUGUUUUCUGCUCUCUUUGUGUAUUUCGUUGCCCUGAUCAUGUUGCAUUUUUUUCCUUUCAUUUUUUGCAUGAAAAAUAGGGUGUGACAGAUUUAUUAUUAUCUCUUUUAUUCAUUAAACAUGAAACUCAAGUCAAUUGAAUAUUUAAAAUUGUUGUUGUUGUUGUUGUUAUUGUGUAAUCUUCGACUUGCCAGUAUUAUUCCUUUCCUCUCUCUCAAAAUGUGCCUGUUCUUGUGUUUAUUCCUCUGAACUGUUUCAGAUGCUUUUACUUUACCUUUUCUGCCUUGUGACAGGAUCUGCAUCCCAGAAUGCUUCUCUUUCUUCAGCUCUUUUCCAAAAGCUUUGGGACAAGACCCUCCUCCUCUCCUAAGUCCUGUAACUAAGAUCAUCUAUCUACAUUUGAAAUAACUUCCAUCUUGUUUUCUUGUUUUGUUUCUUUUCCUAGUUCUUUUCCUUCCUUUCUAUUUUUAGAAUGUAAGAACCUUGGGACAGGGGAACCGACCUCAUUCUUUUUGGAUAACCUCUACAAUGGAUUGUUGACUUAAGAAUAAAAGAAUAAAUAGGAAGCAGAAUAAGGCAGUAGAAGAGACUGCACCCCUACAAAUAGGAAGCUAGCAGCUUUCUCUGAUGUCCUAAAUCUUUUUUUGCAUUUUUUAAAGAAUGAGAUCUGUCUACAGUAUUACUGUUUGUUUUCUCUCUCAUUUGCAGCUCGAUCUUCUCCAGGUUUAGUAUUUUUGUGCUGCUAAGAAGAUUUCCCUAGCCCCUGCCGAAGUCUGGCUCCAGAGCGCUUUGAAAGAAUCUGCAGCAGAGACACAGCUGCUCCAUUGGCAGCUCCUCAGGCCACAAAAUGGCUGCACAGCAACAUCCAAACAACAUGGCUGCUCUUUCAAAAGAAGUAGAGGAUGUGAGAUGUCCGUUGCAGGUCCAAAUGAAAAUGGAAACUCCCUACCAAGCAAAUGACAGUGCAAAAGAUGGUGAAGGAGAUGGCCUUGCCACCAUUCCAUCUGCAACCAGUGAAGAGUUCACAAGAGCAGUGUCCAAAGUAAAGCAGGAGCUGGCCGAAGAGCUACCGCAGAGCUGGGAGUGCCAAUGGCAAAGGGUGCUAGAGGUGGUACCUGCUCCCUUCAUCACUCCAGUCUGGGACAGCUUGCAGUUGCCUCCUUUGACUCAAGGGGGCAGCACCGAGGCCUACCUGGCCACCUUUGAGCGUGUGGCGGACGCUUCCCAAUGGCCACGGGAAGAGUGGGUGACUCACCUUGUGCCAGUCCUUAGUGGACAAGCUCAGCAGGCCUAUUUCAGCCUGGAUGCAAAAGACAAAGCUGAUUAUGGGAAGGUGAAGGUGGCUAUUCUGAGGCUGGAUGACUAUCUCGCCCUCGAGGCGCACCGCCAGCGUUUCAGGCAUUUCUGCUACCGGGCUGCCGAUGGGCCCCGGAUGGCAUGUCAGCAACUCCAGGAGCUCUGUCACUGCUGGCUGAGGCCUGAAGGCCAAAGCAAGGAGCAAAUCCUGGAUCUGCUCAUCUUGGAGCAGUUCCUUGUCAUCCUUCCACAGGAAAUGCAGGACUGGAUUAGGGAGCGCGGUCCGGAGACGUGUGAUCGAGCGGUGGCCUUGGCAGAGGAGUACCUGCAGGAGCAGCAGGAGACAGAGAAGUGGGCCCAACAGAUAACUGUACCAAUUGAGAUGGUGAUAGUUAACUCUCCCACUAUAGAUCAGGCCCAGUCAGAAGCAAAACAUCUCCACAAAGAACAGGUUGACAAUGAAAAUAAUAUUUCUCAAGAAGGCAGUUUUGCCAGAAUGGGGGCAAAGGAUCUGCACCAAGGAGAGUUGGAGGCAGAGGAACAAGGAUGGAGAUCUCCAGAAUUCGGGGAGGUGCUUUUCCCAAAAAGCAGUGAUCUUCCCAGAAGAUCACAUGUGAGCAAGUGUGAUUCAGAAAGGCCACAGAAAGGCAGCCUUUCCACAAGAAUGAUUAAGGACGAAGUAUUUGGGGGAGUCCCAACCGACCUAGAAACGAAACGACAUCUGUGUAAGGAAUGUGGGAAAAGGUUUCGGAAGAAGUGGGAUCUCAUCAGGCAUGAAAGGAUCCACACGGGAGAGAAGCCUCACCAGUGUACGUACUGCGGAAAGAGGUUCACACGGCGUUCACAUGUUGUGAAUCAUCAGAGACGCCACUCAUGCCAAGGAAGAUCUUGACAAAAGGAUCUACUGCUUCCAGUUUGGGCAACAGAUUGAGAAGCCCUAUAUGACCGGGGAAUAAAGGUAGCUCAGUUUGUGUCCUGUAGGGUUUGGAAUUUAGAUCCAAGGGUAGGAGUGGGGUGGAUUAUUGACUAUUGGCUGUUUGUCCACAUCUUGAAUAUGAUCAAAAUGGGUCUAAGGACACACAGCUCUCAGGGGCAUCCAUUCUGUUGAGUGUACAAAGGAAAAUCUGUACAUAUUUAUGCCAUUCAGUAAUGAUAGAAGAACUAAGACUCCAUCUAAGUCAAAAGACUAUUCAUCCACAUUUUACUUGAUUUGGAAUGGGAGUGAGAGAUUGCGUUCCUGUUUAUUUUGUAUUAUUUGGACUGCUUGUUGGCUAGAAAUGAGUAUAUCAUGCCACUAAUUCAGCCCUGAAUAUAGAUGAGUGGAUGCUCCUGGGGAAACUGCUAAUUUUGAUCAGUAUUUUUGUAUCAGCUAAAGCCUUGUGAAAUCAGAAAAAUCCUUUUCCUGCUUUGCUGUACCCAUGCCCAAAACAAAUGAUGCUCAUUAAGGAAGUAAGAUUUAAAGGCAAAACAUCUUCCAGUAAUGGAGCAGGCUGGCAAAAUGAUACUUGCCAACUAUUUGGGAAGGCAGUCCGCAGAUUUAACCUCUGAAGUGUUGAAGCUCAGUGGAAAAACGAUACUAACCAUUAACUCAGGAUAAAAGAAAUUCCAAGUUUUAAGUAAGAGGCAGGACUGAUUGAUUGACCAAGAAGCACUGACCUGGUAUGCUUUUAAAUGCAAAUUUAGAUCCAAAAUAUAUUCCCAUCAUGGAGACUUCAGUCCUUUUGCACGUCAAGCUGCCCAGAUGUAGGUAUACAUUUGGCAGUGCAAUUUGGGGAAGGAAGGCCAGAUGGGAAAACAGGAAGCAAAGUGGCCUCAUUGUACACUGUGCUUGCUGGGAUGGUUUUUUAUAUUGCUCUGUGGCAAUAUAGGGGUGAUCACAGUUUUACUGCAAGGUUAGAAAACUGUGGCCCUCCAGUGGCUGCUGAAUACAGCUCCCAGCAUUCACCACAACUGGCCAUGCUGGAAUAAUGUGAAGUGAAACUGACUUGGCUAUUUGAUGAUUCAUUUUUUAUUCUGUACAGUAGAAAACCAGUGCAACAUUUGUUUACAUAAUAAGUUAUUUCCCCCUUUUUACAAACAGUCUGGAAACUGCUUAGAGACUUUUGAUUACAGAAUUCAUAAAUUAAUUUUCACAAAGACAGACAUCUGUUUUAAUAUAUUGUCAAAUCAUUUUGACUUUUCAAGCUUCUUAAGAUCCUAUUCUACCAGCAGUACAUAUAUUUCACAUGAGAGGAAAAAAAUGACUUUUUUUCAAAGCUGGGUCCUUUUUAAAUACAGUACACCACAGAUAAAAUCUGGAGUAACUUCAAAUCCUAUGGCUUGAUCAUGUGGCCAUUAUGUGAGGAAUAUUUAUUUUUUAGGAAUGAUCUUUUAUAUAUUCUUCAGUUUCUAUGGCUGCCUUUUUAGCAUAUAGGAUAACUGCUAUCUUUAUAAUACAGACUUUCAAGUUUAUUUUGUACACUAUCAUAAUCAAAGACUCAUGUUAGGUAAUUUCAUUAAAAACAUAAUUCUACCUUGAUGGUCCAACUGAUGGACUUUUAACCCCAUUCAUUAAUUUAUUUAGAGGCAUGGAUUUAUUUAGAGAGUUUAGGUAAGCUACUGUGCCCUCAGUCCUCUCAUCUGCAAUAUUUGGUUAAUGCCAAGCUAAAGAAUUACUGAAAGUGUUUGUUAAAUACUAUGCAUAAAUGAGAAAACGGCCAUAUAAAAUCAGAAAUGUGUAAUCUGGAGAA